AUGUCGACACCGCCGGCGGCUGCGACAAGCCCGAAGAGUGAAAAGAGCCCUGCCAAGAAUACUGGCAAAAGUCCCUCAAAGAGCCCCUCAAAAAGCCCCCCUCAACAUGCACAGGUGAAUGUUGGGGAUACCGGCAUUCUGGAACCUACGCAUUGGCAGCAGCUUGCCGAGGAGGAGAACGCAGGCGACGAUGCUCAUUCGCUGAGCGAAGAAAGUCUGGCGUCCUCAACAGAUUCAGUGAGCUCUAGUAUUUUUGAAUACCGCAAGCUUCAUGGGAGGACGUAUCAUCGGGAAAUUGGCAGUUCACAGUACUGUGAAAUCGAAGACUGUACUCAAGAGUGGACAUUUGCGCCCGACUCAGCUGACUACAUCCACAUCCGCUGGCUCAUCGGCAGUAUCCCCGAUUGGUACAAGUUCUUCCGCGAGGCCUACAAGACCUGCAAGCCUGGCGGUUGGGUCGAGAGUUUUGAACCUUCGGGUAUCAUCACCAGCGAUGAUGACACCGUGAAGGAGAGUUCUGCACUGGGCCAGUGGGGUAAGCUGUUCAUCGAGGGAGCCAAGAAGCUAGGUGUGAGCUUUAGCGUGUAUGAAGAAGAGCUGCAGCGUAAAGCCAUGGAAGCUGCUGGCUUUGUUGAUAUCCAGCAAUUUGAGUACAAGACUCCAAUUGGUGGCUGGCCCAAAGACCCAGCGCUGAAAGAGCUCGGUCAGUUCGGCAAGCUUGCUUUCCUUGCUGAUCCUGAAGGUUUUGUGCUUUUUGUAGCUAACACGAUCGGUUGGACGGAGUCGGAAAUUCAUGUUUUCCUGGCGCAUGCUCGGAGGGAGAUUCACUCGGGUAAACACCAUCCUUACUACAAGCAGCGAGUUGUUUGGGGCCGUAAGCCGGAAGAGUAA